AUGUCUGCUGCUACUGCUAAACCCACUGCUACUACGCCUAUUGACUUCGAAGAUUCAUUGUUUGAAUCACACGAAAUGAUCAAUGACAAGAUGAUUGAACCUAGAAAGAAUGAUACUGAUGCUGCUACUCACACUAGUGCUGCUGCCGCUGUUUCAUCAUCUGAGGUUACUACUAAUCAUCACCACCAAGAAAAGGAAGUUGCAUCGCCUUUUCAAAUCCACUCAAGUGUAUUGGACUCUGUCUUUAGUACAAACUUGGAUGGAAAGGAUGCUCUAUUAGAUCAUACUCCUAUGUUUGAUGAAUUGGAUUUCAUCAUGGAUGGUGCCAAGGUCAACUCCAAGGAGGAUUGGGUCGCUCUCUUUGGAGGCGAUGGUUCAGACGAUGGUGGUGCUGCUACUACUGCUGCUACUGCUGCUACUGCUGCCAUGUUCCCAACUGAUGAGAAAGGAGGAGAUGUCGUUGGUGAAUUUGGUCCAAUUAUUUCCUUGGAGGAUGGUGCUGUUGUUCAUAAUGAUGAAGACUCUAUUGUCCCACACGAUGAGGUCUUGGAGGCCUUGUUGUUUGAGCCAUCGCCAAAUGGGCUAUCAGAUGAUACCAUUUCGGCAGCAACUACAUCGGCGUCCAGUCCCGAUUUGACUAGCACUGUUGCUACCAGUGUUGGUAAUGGUGUUGGUGGUGGUGCUGCUGCUGCUGCUGCAUCCACUACUUCUCACAAGAGACCUUUUGGAGAGGUUGAAUCUCGCCACCAUGGUCAUCACCAAUCUCAAUUGUUUACUCCAAACCCCUCAUCUACUUUACCAACCCCUCAAUUGGACAUGAAGAGAACUCACCACUCUUCCUCUUCUUCUUCUUCUUCUUCUUCAAAGAGAGCCAAGGUUGAUCAUUUGGGAUGUGUCACAUACUCCAAAAAGCAAAGAUCACAAACUUUGGAGCCCAUUACAUUUGAAGGCAUUGAAGAUUCAGCCGCUUUGAAAAGAGCCAAGAAUACUGAAGCUGCUAGAAGAUCAAGAGCAAGAAAGAUGGAGAGAAUGACUCAAUUGGAGGAUAGGGUUGAGGAAUUGAUGGGUGAGAAUUCCAAGUUGGUUGAUGAAGUUGAAAGAUUGAAGGCUUUACUUGGAUCUCAUGGAAUUGCCCAUUGA